AUGUCGACGCAGCGUUCGCGAUUUGGAGUCGAUGUAGUCCGAGGCUCGCCGUCUUCGGACACAGGGGAGCUAGAAGAAACCGAAGCAAAAGAGUCCUUCAUCAUUACUGCCGUUGUGUUGUCGUCAUCGUACUCAUCGAUCAUCCGUAAUACUAUCGCCAACGGCGGAUUCGUCGGUGCCGGGAACGACAACGACAGUCCUGCGAGAACGUCUCUCGGGAGCGCGGGAUCGUUCGCGAGAGGUAGCGGCCGAAUCGCCUGCAAAGACGGGAGAUCCCCGUGGAGCUUGACAACUCCGUACGACCGCAUCAUCACCACCGCCGCUACCACCGCCGCUACCACCACCGUGUCGUCCGUAACUCGCCCGCGAGCUCGCGAAGAAACGGAGCACCUUCGAUCCACGUGUCUCAUCACCCUCGGCAACUCGCGGGAGCGAUCGUACGCCAGCAACUGUACGCCGAGAAGGGCGCCUAGAACGUGGUCCCCGUCGUUCGGACGAUAACGGAGCUUCGACAACGGGU